GUGACGCCGAGGCGGCCCAGUUCCUGAGGGGCUGGAGCUGGUCGUGCAACAUGGUUAACUGAUAAGUCGUUCAAGUAGGAGUGUUGACGGUUGUGUUUGGCGAGGGAAAGUUAUAUCGGUUUUUGUGGAUUCGCUGGACCUUGAGCACCAUGAUCCUUCACUACUGCCCUCAGUGCGGCUCCAAGCUGCAGGCGGGCUUCAAGUUCUGUCCGUCCUGCGGACAGAAGCUGCCCACUGAGGACCCUGAAGAGGCUGCAGCCUCAGCGAUCUCACAGGUGACCACCAGCGACCCCCCAGGUCAGAGCAGCCCCGCUCACGCCCCAUCGCUCACUCCACCUCGCCGGACACGGCUGACGGCCGCCAAGGUCAAGGUGGAAGAGGAGGUCAGCUCCAGGACAGCUGCCUCCCUAUCGAAAUCCCCCAAGAGCCUCCCUGGAGCUAGCCGUGCCCCGCUGUCACCGCGCAAACGCCAGGCAUCCCCAAGAGUCAAGCAGGAAGAGGAGAGCACCGCUGAGGCCUCACCCUCUCCUAAAUCCCCCCUUGGGGCCAAAAGCACGCCCAAGAGAGCGCGGAGGAUGUGCGUCGAGCCCCUCCAGGAGAGCGAGCUGCUGACGGACACCGCGGGCAGGAAGUGGAGGCUCACCAAGCUGCUUCGCCAGAGCGACUCGGAGCUUUUGUACGGAGUUCAACAGAUUACCACUGGAGCCCCCACAGCUGACUACAAAUACACCCUCAAACUAGCUGCCAAGGAUGGAAAGAUAUUCAAAGAACAGAAUUUCCUGCAGAGAGCAGCGAAGCCCACAUUAGUGGAAAAGUGGAUGAAAUGCCACAAGUUGAGUUUCCUUGGGAUCCCUACCUGUGUGGGCUUUGGGCUUCACGCAGACACGUACAGGUUUCUUAUCUUCCACAACAUGGGCCAAUCUCUACAGUCCAUCCUGGAUGAGAAGACUCUGCUUCUGUCUGAGAAAGCUGUCCUUCAGCUCUGCUGUAGAAUACUCGAUGUUCUGGAGUACAUCCACGAGAACGAAUAUGUUCAUGCGGACAUCCAGGCGGAGAAUGUGUACCUGAAUCCUGCAGAGCCCAAACAGGUGUACCUUGCAGGAUACCACCACGCCUUCCGGUAUUGUCCUGGUGGGAAACAGGUGGAGUACCGAGAAGGCAGCCAGACCGCACAUGAGGGUGCUGUGGAGUUCAUCAGCAUUGAUUCCCACAAAGGGGCUGGCCCGUCACGGCGCAGUGACCUGCAGGCUCUGGGGUACUGCAUGCUCAAGUGGCAUACAGGCACCCUGCCCUGGACACAUCAGGCUGGCAGCCCCAGCAAGGUCCUGGCAGAGAAAGAGAGGUAUAAGGCUGAUGUAGGAGGACUCUUGGCUCACUGCUUUGGAAGAAAAAGAGUUCCAGCUGCUGUGCAGAUAUACCUGUCCCAGGUGAUGGCUCUGCAGUACAAUGAGAAGCCAGACUACCUGAGUCUCAGGAAUCUCAUGACGGAUGCUCUGCAGCAGCUGGGGACUUCUCUUGAUCAACCCAUCGAUGUCCAGAUCUGAGGCGGGAGAGGGCCGAGCCGCUGAGAGGAACAUUCUCUGGAGUGCUCUUUUUUUGUUUAAAGAUGUAAUAACACUGUAAUAGGAAAUGUGAAGGCACACACUUGAUUUUGAUUCUUUUUUUCAAAAGGUUUGGGUGAAAGGUUCUCUAAAAAAAGCUGUUCUGAAAGUUAUAAAAGUUAGUUUUUUUAUUUUUUUUGAAAGAGCGGAAAAGAAGUGGGAUCAGUGGAUUAGCAGAAUCCGUGACACUUGUAGGGCUUUCCGAGGUCUUGACAAGUACAGGCAGGUCAGGCGGGAGGCAGGUUGAGUCCAGGUCCAGAUGUCACCAGUCUGUCAUGAAAUGACCCUGCCUGGGGUCCUGCCCUCACAAGCCACAGGGCACAGCUAGACAGGCGAGGCACCGCUGGAUGAUCUAACCAGACGCAACACUGAGCAGUUCUCCAGCACCUGCAAGAACAUGAGAACGGGUACAAAUGACCGGAUCUAUCCCACAAGGCACGGGUUCGUCAGUCCUGGUCCUGGAGGCCACACCCCUCCCACUUACACGUUUCUUCGAAGGAGUAAAAAAAAGGUUCUGAAAAAAGGAAUGGUUCUCAAUCAGCCUUCUGCGUGUUGGAAUGAAAAAAGAGCAGGGCAUUGUUUCAAAAUUUCAAAACAGAUGUUGUAAAAGGCAGGUUGCAAGGUUCUGAAAGGCAAACACAUGAACAAAGUUCUAGAAUUAAACAUCCUUCUGCAAAUUUUAGCAAAAAGCGGCAUCUCUCUCUUUUUAUGUUCAUUUUAUGAUGUGAAUGGAGACUCCUGCUAUGUCAGGAGGAAACAACACUGAACAAACACUUUUCUUGCUAAUGUGAACCCUUUGUGUUCUUGAUGUACACGCUGAGAUUUUUAACAUUUACUGUAUUUGUGGGGUUUUUAUAGUUAAACUAUUUUUGCUGAAAAGAAAAUAAAAUGUUUGAGUCAAACACA